UUUGUUGAUUUCAAUCCAAAACAAGACGUCAAACAAAGCGACUUGCACAUUUUAGUUGGUUUUCUCGGCUAACCGAGCGGCGAAUUAUCUAAAAUUUUGUUUCGACGGUGAACAACGCAAAAAUGAGUCUCAAUUUUGGAGAAAUUGUGGAACCAUCGACCCGUGCUUUCUGGGAUGAUUACGACGAGGGCGAUGAGGACUUGGCUCCACUACAACCUCUCGAAUGGGAAUGGUUGAACGAGGAUAACGUUGAGCAAACAUUGAACGCUAUGAAACGACUCCUAAUUCUUGAAGGACCGGGCAUUUCCGCCUUCGCCGGAACUGCCGUGCUGAAAGGAAGGUCUCCCAUUUGUCAGCUCAACAGUGGAACCAUCAGUAUUUAUUACGACGCAGAAAAGGGGCUGUUGGUGUGCGUUUCGGAAGAGAAGGAUUUGAACGCGUUCGGAAGGAUAACGGAAAAGCUGGCCAAUUGGUUGGACGUGGCCGAAGAAGUUGUGGCAAUUUCAUUUCAGCCAUCGGUGAUGCACAAGGGAACUUCCGGCAGCGAUGCAGAAGAGGUGUGUUUCAUCAGGAGUAUCAACGGCCGGUUGAGUCAGAUUCCGACACUGGGCGCUCCGAACGUCGUCACGGGAUUGGCCGGUGGGGUACUGAGCUACCGGAAAUUCAAGGAUCAAACGGCGUCAGUUUACGUGUGCUAUCUGGAUUCCUGCGUACUGGAUUCGGUUUCGGCCAAGCCGAUCCUUCGGCUGUUGAAAUCUCUGAACGUUGAGUGUGACGAUUCCUACCAGCUUAAGUAUAAGGCCAGUUCAAAUUUGUACUUGUGAAUAAACGAGAUGUGAUGGGUUGUUCUCAAAAUCCUAUUGGUUUAUUUUUGAAAGCAUAAUAAAUUGUAACAAACUGGACCCGUGCCACAGA